CUCAGAGUUUAAAACCGGCACAGACCGUCUGCUCUGGGCAGGACCUCCUCUGCACCACGUGACCAUGCGGGCCGUGUGUCUCCUGCUCCUCUGUGCCUGUGUGAGCCUGGGCCAGUCUCAGCUCAGGGUGUUUAACCUGAGAGCCCAGCGCCUCCCGCAGGACGCUCUGGGGAUCACAGACGGGUACGUCCGGGUCUUCUGCCGGAACGACCUGGUGGGGCAGACGUCUGUGAGGAAGAACACCGCUGACCCCUGGUGGAAGGAGGAGUACACGUACUACAACGCCGAGGAGAACUCCACGCUCAAGCUGGAGGUCCACGACGAGGACCUGAUCUGGGACGACCUGGUGGGGACCUGCCUGACCCAAGUCCAGUCCGGGACCCACCAGAACCAGUGUGCUCUGGAGAAGGGAGGCAUGCUGUACUACGACUACACCCUCAGCUAGAUCAUA